AUGGCUGCAGCACUUAUUGACGGCAUCGGACUUCUCAGCGGUGGCCUCGGCAUCAUCGGUUUCAUCCAAGACAACCUCCCAGGCGGUGACCUCCCCGAGGGAGCAACUCUCCGAGUCAAAGUUGGUCUUGAGAAAGGCGACGAUGAAGGUCAACUGAACGGAAACCUGGCAGCCGUCUACGCUUGGGAUAUCAACAACAACUAUCUCGGCCAAGGCGCCGGUCAAGACAUCGCCGCCGGCGAUGCGCCCACCAUCACCGUCGACCAGUCCUCACCCGGCACCCGCGCCGAAUUCGUCGGCCUCUCCGGCGGCGACGACGCCAUCUGCAUCGCCUGGGUGACCGUCGCUCAAAAGGACGAGACCCUCGGCGGACGCUGGACCGGCGACGUCGGCUACAGCUGCGGUGAAAAUUGGUACGAGCAGGCCGAGUUCGCGGGGUAUAUCGACAAGGAUGGACCCCAGACUGAGGAGAAUAAGUUUAUUCCGCAUUGCUCAUGGUUGGAUGGUGAUCAUACGAAUGAUAUCAAGAGUGCCGCAAUGAAGUUUAGGACCUUGGCGUACGGCGAGGAGUCGACUAAUACGAUUAAUAAUGGGGCUGGCUGUACGGCUACGAUUUGGGGGACGGAUACGGGACCGAUUAAUGAUAAACCAUCUGGAAAACGCUCCCUUCAAAAGGCAAGAUCCGGUCUCAAGCCUCGCCCAGAAUGGAUGGAAUCUCGCCUCGUCGUCUCCAACAUCACGCAACAUUCUGCCAAGGACCUCUGCACAUCGGCUACGUCCUGGGGACCCGACUUUGUCUCGGAAUCCGAAGGUCUCUUCUGUGAUAUGGGAACCAAGACUUUGUUGCCGCUUUGUGGGGGCCAAGACGUGGACGGAUGUGUUGAUGUUGAUGAGGUCGAGAAGAAGGUUAAGAAGAGGACUGUGGUGGCAAGGAGGGAGGUGCAGGUUGAUCAUAAGACUUAUGGUAAGACUGUUGUUUGGGGGCGUUAG